GAACGCGCUCGCUGUUUGUGUGUGUGGUGCUCUCUCGCUUCGAGGUGUGGUUGGCCGCAGCAGAUUCAAUCCAUCCGCGGCCAUAAGCUGCCUGUGUUGGGUGGCUACCGUUCGUCGUAAGUGCUGCGUCAUCAGCUUGCGGGUCAGUAGUGUUGUGUAUUAGGUGGUAUCUCGAAUUGCUACCGGUCAGCCCUUCGGCACGGCACGUACUACUGCUCCCCCGCUUCCCUCCGUGUCUUCGUGCUAUUAGUGUACGUGUUCUUGUUGUUGUUGUUGUUGUUGAUGACAGACGAAUAGUUGAUCUGCGGUAGGCGCGUCCGGUGCCUUCACGUUUGACGCUCAAAACAUUAGUGUGAGUUUGCCUAGAAGGGUAUCGUCUCGAGCGAUCUCGCAGGACGAGCAAUCGCCACUGAAUAAAGAACGCUUUCUCUUUCCCAACUCGCCCUCUCUUACUCGCGCUUCAAACGCCUCAAUAAAUGAAAAUAUUCUAUUAAUAACUAUCGAAAACUGAGCGCAAACCGAAAGACGCCGCAACCGAUCUACGCGAGGGACCGAUCGUCCGACCGACCAAACGCGCGAGAAGGAGGAUCUUGCCCGCUCUUCCCGCUGACGUGUUAACGCCAAAUGAUGGCGGAGCGAUCGUUUAAAAUCGACUAUGAGCGGGACACGUUCGUGAUGGACGGUAAGGACUUCCGGUACGUGGCUGGAUCGUUCCAUUACUUCCGCGCCCUGCCCGAAACGUGGCGCACCAAGCUGCGCACGCUGCGUGCCGGCGGGCUGAAUGCGGUCGACCUGUACGUCCAGUGGUCACUGCACAACCCGCGCGACGGCGUGUACAACUGGGAGGGUAUCGCGAACGUUACCGACAUCAUCGAGGCGGCGAUCGAGGAGGAUCUUUACGUGAUCCUUCGCCCGGGCCCGUACAUCUGUGCCGAGAUUGACAAUGGUGGUCUACCGUACUGGCUGUUCAACAAGUACCCCGGCAUCGCGGUGCGCACCAGCGACGCCAACUACCUGGAGGAGGUGCGCAAGUGGUACGGCGAGCUGAUGAGCCGCAUGGAACCGUACAUGUACGGUAACGGUGGGCCCAUCAUCAUGGUGCAGAUCGAGAACGAGUACGGUGCGUUCGGCAAGUGCGACAAGCCGUACCUGAACUUCCUGAAGCAGCAGACGGAGCGGUACGUGCAGGACAAGGCGGUGCUGUUCACGGUCGACCGGCCGUACGACGACGAGAUCGGUUGCGGCCAGAUCGAUGGUGUGUUCGUUACGACCGACUUUGGGCUGAUGACGGAGGAGGAGGUCGAUACGCACGCGGCCAAGGUGCGCUCGUACCAGCCGAAGGGUCCGCUGGUCAACACCGAGUUCUACACCGGGUGGCUAACGCACUGGCAGGAAUCGAACCAGCGCCGACCGGCCCAACCGUUGGCGGCCACGCUGCGCAAGAUGCUGCGGGACGGUUGGAACGUCGACUUCUACAUGUACUUCGGUGGCACUAACUUUGGGUUCUGGGCGGGUGCUAACGAUUGGGGGCUGGGCAAGUAUAUGGCGGAUAUUACGUCGUACGAUUACGAUGCGCCCAUGGACGAGGCGGGCGAUCCGACGAUGAAGUACACCAUCUUCCGGGACAUCAUUGGAGAGUACAUUCCGCUGGCAGUGAUGCCGAUUCCGGAUCCGGCGCCGAAGAUGAUGCUGGAAGCUAUCCAACUGACCAUGGUUGAUACGAUUCUUUCGGACCACGGCCGGGCAAUGCUCGGUGUAGAGGCCGCCAACAAGGAGGGCCAGCUGCUUACCUUCGAGGCGCUGAACCAGAACUCGGGCUUCGUGCUGUACGAGACGACCCUGCCGAAGCUGACACGUGACCCCAAUAUGCUCACUAUCAACGGUCUGCACGAUAGGGCGCAGGUGUACUUGGACCAGUUCCUCGCCGGUACGUUGGCUAGGGAGAACGCCAUCGAUUCGCUUCCCCUCACCGCCGGCUACGGCUCGGAGCUUUCCAUUCUCGUGGAAAACCAAGGGCGCAUCAACUUCGAUAUCCUCGAUGACUACAAGGGCAUUUUGGGCAACGUCACUAUUCAAACGUUUGCCGAACCGUACACCAAGGAGCUGGAGCAGUGGAAGAUCACCGGCUAUUCGUUCGAUGACUACAGCAAGGUGGAACAGUUCAUCAAUACCGUUUCCGGUGGUUCCGGUGUGAAUGGUCGCGGAAUGGCCGUGCAUGGGCCGGUUGUGCUGAAGGCGGUGUUUGACGUUCCGGCGUCCGAGAUUCACGAUACCUACAUCAACAUGGACGGAUGGGGCAAGGGUUUCAUCUUUAUCAAUGGUUUCAAUCUGGGACGCUACUGGCCAGUGGUUGGACCGCAGGUUACGACCUACCUGCCCAAGGAGCUGCUCAAACCGACCGGCAACACUAUCGUGGUGGUCGAACAGCAGAAAGUGCCCGUCGAUCGUAUGCUGCAUUUCUCUGCGAAGGCUAUUCUGGACGAAGCCUAACCGUGGAAACGCCAUCGUUACUCGAUUGGUGAUCGAAAAGAGCCACCAGAAGGAUGAAUAAAAACAUUCCAUCUUUUAUUUAGAAUCAGAAA